AUUCUGGUGUCUCCAACACCUAACAGGCGGCGCGUCCAAAUCGGGCCAGAGAUCGUUUUCGAAGCCCUUUUGUCUGACUUUUUUUUUGCACUUUCUAACAUCAUUUCUUUGUCAUGUAUUGCGAUAUGUUGGGUGCAGAGCAUGUUACAAACACUACCUCCCUGGGGAUUAAUAAAGUCUUUCUGACUGUGAGAGGUUGGCGGAGCAGCAUUGAUGACGUCAUCGACGGACGCCAACGUGUUUUUGAUGACAGAAUUAUGACCCACCAUGGUGAGGACGGGGCAUGGAGGAACAAGAUGAGGUCAUGUCUGGUACCAGAGUCUGAGCGAAGCUUCCCAGAACAGCUCUGAUGUCAGCACCAGAACCACCUGACCAUCAGUAUUCAAGGAGCGGCCGGAGGCCUCAGCAGCAGACGAACAAAGCGCAGGCAGCGAGGACGUCACUGUCAGUGAGGAGAAGUGACCGUCCAGUCACAGUGACCAUGUCAUCCGCCUGUUGGUGAUGCGCCGCCAGGACUGACCACUCCAGCAGCAAUGCAGAGUUCACAGUGGAAGGUCAACGUCUGGCUGAGCUCUGUUUUGGGGGACCGGUCGACAGCCGGGUUCGAGGUGAACACCAGGACGGUGGAUGUUCUGUACCAGUUGGCGGAGGCCAGUGAGGCCCGCUGCAACCAGAGCGCUCUUCUCAUCGACGAUCUGAAGCAGAAGACAUCCGAGUAUCAAGCUGAAGGUGCUCACCUACAAGAUGUUCUUCUACAAGGUGUGGGCCUGUCGUGCGGCAGCCUGUCCGGGGCUGCGAGCGACCACGUGGCGGCGCUGGUGGACGGCGCCAUGGUGCUCGCCGUGAGAGACACUUCCCUCUGCAGUUUCCUUCCAGCAGUCAACCAACUCAGCAGUGGACUUCUGGAAGCAGAGAAGUCCCACCGGACUGCUGAGCGGGAGAUGCGAGCUCUGAGGAAAAGGCUGGCAGCCGCGAUGGUGACGCGCAGCAGCUUGCAGGAGGACGUCAGGAGAACGGCGCAGAACCAGUCGGUGGACAGUGCCAAAGCUGAGGACAAGCUGCUGGACAUGGACUUUGUGAAAGCUAAAGCUAAAGAGCUGAGCAACCGAAGGGAACGCGCAGAAGCUAAACUUGUGUCCAGGAAGAUGGACAAGUGGGUGACCCACCCGGCCGUGGUGCAGCUGUCUGAGGAGGUGGCCACGCUGAGGCAUGACGUCGCGCGGCUGAAGAAGCAGCUGGAGCCGUACAUGGACCUGAGUCCCAGCCCGUCUCUGGCCCAGGUGAAGAUAGAAGAGGCCAAAAGAGCCUUGGCCGCGCUGGACUCUCAGCUGGAGGCCAACGUCCAGUUCAAGUAGCUGCUGCUGCUGCCGCCGCCCUGAUCGCCUCUGUCCGCCUCACUGGAAUAAAGACAUUGGGUCUGCUGG